GUAUGGCCCAGCUUCUGGACACAACGCGUCAACCGCACGUGGCCCUACGGCGGCGAGAUCGACAUCAUCGAGACGGUCAACCUGAUGCCUUCGAACCAGUAUGCGCUGCACACCGGAAACUCUGCGUGCAUCGCGAGCGCGAGCGCCACGCAGAGCGGCGCCAUCGUCAACGCGAACUGCUCGACCCCGCCCGGGAGCAGCUCCGCUGGGUGCACGAUCUCUGAGCCCAACAAGAACAGCGUCGGCGCGGCGUUCGCCGCGGUCGGCGGAGGCGUGUACGCCACGCUAUUCGAUACCACGGGC